AUGCUCACCACGACAGCCCCGACGCUGCUUCGCCCGGGCCUGGCUGCGGCCUCGCGGACGGGCAGCAGCCUGCACAGACCUGCUGUGGCCGCUACAGCAUCGGCCAACACGUCGGCCAACACGUCGGCCAACACGUCGGCCAAGACCUCGGCCAAGACCUCGGCGGCGUUCCUUGUGCGGCGGCCGACGAACAUUGCACUGCAGAGCCGCACGAUCGUGUCCUCGGCUCGCGUUGCCCUGCCGUUGAAGCGCAAGCUCGCCUCUCCUCCGUCUGCCGCUGUCCGGCGAACGGCACCCAACACUCCUUCGUCGUCCUCCUCCUUCUCCUCCUCGUCCUCCGCCUCCUUCUCGUCAUCUACAGCAAUGCACCGCCCGCCACCACCGACGGGUGCCACGCGCAACCGGGAUGCGGCCGCCGAUGCUCAGGCUGCUGCUCGCAUCGCUGCGGCCACCGCCGACGCCCAUGCGUCUCCAAAGGACCUGCCGCCGCUCGACUGGAACACCUUCUUUGCACUGCGCAAGACCCGCCGGCGCAUCCAGCUGGCCUUUAGCGUGGCCGGCGGCCUGACGGGCGGCCUGGCCGGCGGCCUGUUCCUGGGCUCCGGCGUGGCCGAGCCCAUCCUGAGCACGAUCCCGCUAGACCCGUUCCUGACGUUGGGCCUGAUGACGUUUGGGUUUGCGACGCUGGGCUGGCUGGCCGGGCCGAGCGUGGGCAACGUCGUGUUUUACGCGUGGAAGCGGCCGUACAAGGCGCAGAUGACGCUCAAGGAGACGCAGUUCUUUGCACGCAUCAAGCGCAACCGCGUGGACCCGACGGCGUCGUCGGCCGGCAACCCCGUGCCCGAUUUCUACGGCGAGAAGAUUUCGAGCGUGGCCGGCUACCGGCAGUGGCUCAAGGACCAGCGGGCCUUUAACAAGAAGCGGACAACGUUUGUUUGA